AUGAGGUGUCCAUCAAGGUGUUCAGAUAGUGGCGUAACGAGAGCAAUGGUUGGAACACGUCGGCACAGAUGUUAUGAAUUGCUUGGGGUUGUGCCUUCUCGUUUGUAUUUGCUCGAUCUAAUAAUUGUGUGGUUAGCAGUGUUUUUGCCGUUAACUUCAUCGUUAGGAUCAAUUGCAAAGAAAACAAAAUUGUGUGGCGAUGAAGCAUGUUCAGAGAAACUGUUCGAAGGAAAGUUUCAUCGUGCAUCGUUGGCUACUCACGAGUCAUUUUUAUCGCCUAAUGAAAACGAUAUUGUCAGUGUCUAUGCAAUUAAAUUCAGUGAUCGGACGGAUUUAAUGGAAGGCGCGCUUGUUCGUGAACCGUCAAAAAAAGGAAAUUUUUUUUCAAUGCAUAUUAAUCUCGAUGAUUACGUGGAAUUCCUAAAAAAUGCGGUUGUAUCCAACAAAACGAUGUUUAUGGUCAGUAGAGAUCCGCGCGAUCAUCCUUCUCACAGAUUAGUCGGUAUUAAAGCAGCGUUACCAGAAUUAAUCAAAGAUUAUGAAGUGAAUGUCAAGCGUCUUUCGGUCGAAAGACAGUUAUCACCAGAACAAAGCGACCAUGCUGCAUUGGGUUACUUAUCCGACAUUGAAGGGCAUGGACAUUCACACGACUACGGACAUAGACAUUCUUUUGAUCACGGACUUCCUCAUAAUCACGAACAUUAUCAUGAUCGUAGUGUGCACGCAGAUUCGCACGAGCAUAUCCGAAUUGUGCAACAUACACGUCAACCAAUUCUUUCUUCUGAACAGGCGGCAGUUUCACCGCUUCCGGUGGCAAAUGUCGCAUCGAAUGAACCGCAGAAGACAUCUACUGGGACGGUCACUUUAGUUCACCAGCACGAGAUGCCUCCACUCGAAUCUGAUUUCAAGGUCGUGCCAGAAAUUACCGCACAACAAAAUUUAAUGCAUGGAUCUGCUUCUUCUGUGUUGUUGCAAGAGGCGGAACCUAUCUCAAAAGUCACUCCUGGUGCUCCCGAAACAGUGGUAUCUGGAUUUCCAUCAGCUGCGAAAGAAACGUCAGUUACAUCGGAAAAUUUACUCCCAUCUAAUACAAAUGAUACCAACUUUGCAGCAGAAGGCAUUCUUCCGCAAAUCGACUCAUCGCAGGAAAAAAUAUCACUGGAUGCAAACAUUGCGAAUGCGCAAAAUUUGUUGCCAAGUCAACCGCUACAGCCGGUAUCUAUGCAGCAAGUUAAUACUGAAUUACCUCACCAGCAGGUUAUGACUACUCCUUCAUCAGUUGUACUUCUCGGAUCUAAUCUUCCCCCUACACCGGACAAUAUAUUACAAAUCAAUUUCUCUCUCUCAUCCGUAAAUGCACCCUUACCAAGUAUUUCUUCUCAAACCGGUGGCCCUCCAUCAACUCUUCCUCCUCCCUCAUUACCAGUCGCAUCAGAUAGGGCGACAUCAGUACCAAUAAACAACGCGCAUUCAGAUUCCGUUCAUGUAUCAUCAACACCAUCAUCUCCUCCUCUGGCAAAACAUAUUGCUGAAUCGGAAACAUCAUCUCCAAGUGACACUUCAACGAUUCUCAUAGGUCACGAUGUUUCACCUGUGUCAGUUCCUCCUCGUACUGAACCAGCAACAGUCGGCUUUGUUGCUUCACAGCAUGAUCCAGUUACAGUACUGUCUGAAUUCAGUUCUACAGUGAAAAUGGAGUUGGGAUCAAGGGGAAAAAAUUCAGAAACAACAGCAGUUAACUAUCCGCUUGAACCAUCACCAUUUCCAUCUGCCUCUCCCACACUUCCGAAAAUGCGUUCCUAUGUCAUAAAUCCAUCAGCAAUCGAAGGUAUUUCACAUGAUGAACAGGAUGCACAAAGAAAUUCUAAAGCAAUAAUGAACAUGGAGCAGGGAAAUGCCGAAGAAUCUGUACAAACAAAAGAAGUGAAAGCAGAUGAUAUAGAAAAUGGAUUAGACUACUGCCUGAAAGAUGAAUGUGACAAUGCCUACAACACUCCUGAGGCUGAUGAAAAGUUACGGACAGAAUAUUUGUGUACGAUUAGAAGGUGGCUGAGCAAAUUAAUUGGUGUUGUACGGUAUAUGCUGCCGUCAUCAAUAAAUAACAUUGACGAUGCAGGAGUUUUGGUGACAUUUUUCGUUCCUAUCUGUUUGUUUAUUCAUUUACUACGAAUGCUAGUUUUUGCGGAUACUUCGGACAGGGAUAAUUUCGAUCGAAGAAUACUACAUAAUGCAUUGACGACUAUUAGACAACGUGAAGUUCAGAUAAUGUUAUUGCAUGCUGAAAUGGAGAAAGAAAAAAAUGCAUGGAAUACUGAAAUGGACGAGAAAUUCAAAAAUUUGCGAUCAGAAAUGAGCCAGUUGAAAGCCAAGUGUCAUAUGCUUGAGGAAGAAAAUGAUAGUCUGAGAGCAGAAACGGAUGAGACGAAUCAAAUGAUUGAAGAAGAACGUUUGAAAUGCAGGAAUUUAACAGAGCAAAAUGGAAAUCUUGGGGAGAAAAAUGAGUUGCUAACGAAACAAUCAUCUGAAAUGCAUGUCACCGUGGAAAUGUUGCAUGAAGAGAAUGAACGUUUGGUUAGUGAAGUUGCCAAAAAAAGCGCACAAUUAAUACGUAUUGAAUCGGAAGCAAAGUCUUAUUCACUCGAAAUUAAAAAUUUGAAAGAUCAGUUGGAAACAUCUUUGUCAGAAAGAAAAACACUACACCAGCGUGUGGAAGAACUUGAAAAUGAGAUUGUUCAGUUAUCGGAGAUUAUAAAUGAAAUACGUGAUUCAAGCAAUAUUUCUGCCCGUGACAAAUCAUCAGCUGCUAAGGCCGAAAAUGGUGAGCAAAUACGGGAAGAUAUAAACGGUGAGAAUGGUUGGUCAGAUUUUGAUGAAUUUGACAAUCCACCAGCAGAGGAUAUACCAGAAAGACCGAAAAAAAAUCAUGUGGUUUCACGAUUUUCACCUGCUGAAAUUAUGGAAGUUGCGAAACUCAGAGUGCAGUUAAAGACUGUUGAGGCUGAUUUAGAUCAAGCAAAGUUGACAUUACAAAAGCAGUUAAAUGAGCGAGAUCAUCUGCUGCGUAAAGUUGAAUUUGCCGAAGCAGAAGCUGCAAAACAAUUAAAAGAAGUGAAUGUAAAGGAAACAGAGAGGAUUGAAGCGCAAAACCAAUUCAAAAGAAUUUUAGGGAUGGUCGAAGAACGAGAAACAAAAUUACGAAUUACGGAAGAACUAGCAGAAAAGAUGCGUAAUGAGAUGAUCAAAUGGCAAGAAGAAGUAAGAAGAUUAGAAGACCAAAAAAAAGCUAUGGAGUUCAAAUUAUUGGAAGCUGAUCAAGAAUUGAAACGUUUGAAAGCAGAAUAUGCCAAGUUGGAAACGCGUAGUUUUCAUGAAAUACGUCAAUGUAAACAGACGAUAGCAGCUCUUCAGCAGCAGUCAUUGGAGCAAGUUCGCAUGUCGAAUCCAUCGUCAAAUUUACUUGACAAUGCUAAUGUAUUGAAUAUCUCGGCAUCAUCAUCAUCAGAUCGUGAUUAUGCUAUAUCACUCAACAGCAGCCUAGUUGCACCACCGUUUUUACCCAGUGUACGACCUUUAUGGGGUGACGACCCAGUCGAGAUUUUUACGUCUAGUGAAGAGUCGUCGCUGUUAAAAAAGGUAGAUCCUCUGUUAAAUGUUGUCACAACAGAAAAUGGUAAUAUCAGCCACAACAGAGGAUCGAAAGAACGACGAAGUAUUAGGGAGCGAGAGCAUAGUAUUGGUGUAAACGUGGAUGGUAUGCAAUCUCGUCAUAAGAAGGAAGGUAGGAGGAUGCGUUCACGUUCGCAUGGUCGUCAUCCUUUUCGUACGGAUUUUUCAAUGCUGGGUAUGCCUGGGUAUCCAGGACCUUCUGUAGAUUUUUAUACCGGUACAAUCCUUAAUAAGCAAAACAGCAAAAGUGGUACUUUGUAUUAUUCGUCCGGCGGUUCAAAUGAUGGUCGCUCGCCUCCUCCAGAAAUGGCACUUCUUUCGGGUGUCCCACCUCCUGGUCCGAUGAUCAAAAAACCAAUGCCACGACCAAAAAGUAGCAUCGAACCGUUGGAAAGGCGUUAA